AUGCUAGCUCGACAGCAGCAGGCCCGUGGCAGGGCAGCAGAAGAACUUUUGGUCGUCGGUCCGGGCGGUACCGUCACGGGCUGCGGCACACGUCUCGACGAGUCGCCGGCUGCCGAAGCUGAAGGCGUCUGCUGCCGCAUGCACGGUGAGACGGGUCAAAAGUACCGCCCUUUGCAACGUUGGCCGCCGGGGUCCAGCUCCCUGGCCACGACGGAGCAGGGUGUUCGGAGCACUGCAAGAGAGGUAGGUUCGGCAGGUCAUCCGGCUCACUGGGAUCAUCGUGGCACUGGCUGCGGACCGAGGCGGCACAGCAGGCAAGACACGGCGGACACGGUGUCGAGUGAUGGGGCCGUCAUCCAUGGCAGCCCACAGCGGAACGAUAGGCCGAGCCGAAUGACGGACGUUUAG